AUGGCAGCUCACAGACGCUCCCCAUCCAAUCUGACUGAGCUUGAGAGGAUCUGCCAGGAAGAAUGGGAGAAACUGCCCAAAUCCAGGUGUGUGAAGCUCGUACAGACUUACCCAAUAAGCCUCAAAGCUGUGAUUGCUGCCAAACCAUUUAUUCUGCUGCUCCUGUGCGCCCCCUGGCUGGGGGACUCCCACCCGCAGUGCCUGGAUUACAAGCCCCCCUUCCAGCCGCAGGAGCCCCUGACCUUCUGCAAGGAGUACGCCAAGUUCGGCUGCUGCGACGUGGAGAAGGAUGACCUGAUAUCCCAGAGGUACUACCAGAUCAUGGACUACUUCGAUUACUCGGGGUACGUCACAUGCGGGAAGUACAUCCGCAGCAUUCUCUGCCAGGAAUGCUCUCCGUACUCGGCCCACUUGUACGACGCGGAAGAUGCCAACACGCCCAUGAGGGAGCUGCCAGGCCUGUGCAGCAACUACUGCGGUGACUUCUGGCAUCAGUGCCGCUACGUCCUCAGCCUCCUGACGGACAACAACGCCACCGUUGGGAUCGAGGACGACCAGAAGCGGUUCUGCGCCUUCCUGGAGCUCAAGGACCCUGAGUACUGCUACCCCAACGUGCUCACCAACGCCGAGCUGAAUGCCAACCUGGGCACAAUGCAGGCGGAUCCUGAAGGCUGUCUGCAGCUCUGCCUGCAGGAGGUGGCCAACGGCCUGCGCAACCCGGUGGCCAUGGUGCACGCAGACGACGGCACGCACCGCUUCUUUGUCGCCGAGCAGCUGGGCUUCGUCUGGGUGUACCUGCCCAAUGGUUCACGCGUGGACCGGCCCUUCCUCAACCUGACGCGCGCUGUGCUAACCUCUCCGUGGGCUGGGGAUGAGAGGGGCUUCCUCUGCCUGGCCCUGCACCCACGCUUUGCCGUUGUCCGCAAGGCCUACGUGUACUACUCGAUCGCAGUCAAGAAGGAGGAGAGGAUCCGCAUCAGUGAGUUCACGCUGUCCUCGACCGAUAUGAACAUGCUUGAUCACUCCUCAGAGAGAAUUCUCUUGGAAGUUGUGGAGCCAGCUUCCAAUCACAACGGCGGACAGCUCCUCUUUGGACAUGAUGGCUACCUCUACAUCUUCAUAGGAGAUGGGGGCAGGGGUGGAGACCCCUUUGGCAAGUUUGGAAACUCACAGAAUAAGUCCACCCUGCUGGGAAAGGUGCUGCGAGUGGACGUUGACAACAACGACGACGGCGCCCCCUACAGUGUGCCCCCGGACAACCCCUUCAUGGGGGUGGAGGGGGCCCUGCCCGAGAUCUACGCCUACGGGGUCCGGAACAUGUGGCGCUGCUCCAUCGACCGGGGCGACCCCGUCUCAGGAAAGGGGCGCGGCCGCAUGUUCUGUGGGGAUGUGGGGCAGAACAAGUACGAAGAGGUGGACCUCAUUGUCAAAGGCGGAAAUUACGGCUGGAGGGCGAAGGAGGGCUUUUCCUGCUACGAUAAACAGCUGUGUAAAAACUCCUCUCUCGAUGACAUCCUGCCAAUUUACGCUUAUCCCCAUAAAGUGGGGAAGUCUGUGACUGGAGGGUACAUCUACAGAGGCUGUGAGAUGCCCAAUCUCAAUGGACUCUACAUUUUUGGGGACUUCAUGAGUGGACGCCUCAUGUCCCUCAAGGAGAACUCAAUCACCGGGAACUGGCAGUACAAUGAGAUCUGCAUGGGCAAGGGCCAGACGUGCAACUUCCCCAAGCUCAUCAACAGCUACUACAAGUACAUCAUCUCUUUCGCUGAAGACGAGGCAGGAGAACUGUACUUCCUGUCAACUGGUGUGCCCAGUGCUGCUGCCCGAGCAGGGGUUGUGUAUAAGAUAGUAGACCCCUCCAGGAGAGCACCUCCAGGCAAGUGUAGCUUCAAGCCAACUCCUGUCAAAGUGAAAGGCAAGCUAAUUCAUUUCAACCCCAAGGAAGAGUAUGUGAUGCACAAGAAAACCACCACAACGGCACCCCCCACCACCCCAAAGGCAAAGACCACUACGGCCCGGCCUGCGAAGACACCCACCCCGGCUGUAAAGAAGACCACCGCCAGACCUCUCACUGCCACCGCGUCUGCAAGAAUGACAAGCAAAGCGAGGAUGGGGCCUUCUGGCCCCACCACCCCAAGGUGGCCUCGAAGGCUGGCCACGACAGCAAGCCCGCCGGUGACAGGGAGGUGGAACCAGGUGACCACGGCAAGGCCAGGGCUCCCAACCUCUGCACCGUGGGCGCAUGCCACUUCAACCCCUGCAGUCCCCUACACCGUCCCCGCUGUGGGCCCCACCACUGCUUCAGCCCGAGUCCCCCAGACUCCAGGCAGUGGGAGGUAUCCCCGACCCACAGCACGCCCCAUCACCCGACAGCCUCCCACAACUGCCAAGAGGGUCACGGGGGCAUACCCGAAAGGCCCGCAGACCACCCCGAGACCCCUGCACUGGGUCUCCACCCCAAAGCCCACCUUCAAGACGCAGAGGCCCAACUUUACCCUCCCCAAGCCCCGGGAGAAGACCUUGAAGGGCCAAGGUGACAAGCUGAACUCGUCAGACGGGCUGAAGGAGAACCGGGUCCACAAGAAGGGCCAGGGCUCCAAGUACGGCAGGCAGCGGCGCCGCAAGUCCCGGAUGGGAGCGGUGCGCCUGGUCAACACGCAGAACCUGACCGACCGGGGCCGGGUGGAGAUCUUCAUAAAGGGGGAGUGGGGCACGGUGUGCGACGACCUGUUCAACAGCAAGGCAGCCACUGUGGUGUGCCGGCAGCUGGGCUUCCCCGUGGCUCUCCGGGUGGCUAAGCGGGCCGAGAUGGGCGCUGGCAACGGCCUCAGCAUCCUCCUGGACGACGUGGAGUGCGAGGGCACGGAGAAGACGCUGCUGGAGUGCAAGCGGGCCAAGAUUGGCAAGCACAACUGCUCGCACCAGGAGGACGUGGGAGUGGUAUGCGGCUACGAUGAGUAUGGGGAGAGCUGA